AUAUGGUUCGGCGUGACGCUCCUCCCGUCUGCGCGCUGCUCUAGCGGGUCUGCGGUGCGAGCAGGAGGCAGAAACCAGCUCUGUGUACCUGAGAAUCCCCUCCAGCCUGCAGGAUCACCACCAGGACACAUAAAUGGUGGAGGCCGUGGUGGAGUUCGACUAUGAGGCUCAGCAGGACGACGAGUUGACCCUGACGGUGGGCGACAUCAUCGUGAACAUACGGCGGGACGAUGGCGGCUGGUGGGAGGGGGAGCUGGGCGGACGCAGGGGGCUGUUCCCCGAUAACUUUGUCAGGGAAAUCAAGAAAGACGGGAAGAGGGAUGGCGGCCAGGCAGGCAUGAUCAGGUCGGAGCUCUCCAACGGCAGAGCCAGCCCUGUGUCGGACGGCAGCGUGCGACCAGGAAAGAAAGGAGAGCAAAUACGUAAACGCAGAUGUAAAGCUGCGUUCAGCUACGUGCCUCAGCAUGAAGACGAGCUGGAGCUGAAAGUCGGAGACGUCAUUGACGUCAUAGCCGAGGUGGAGGAGGGCUGGUGGGAAGGAGUUCUUAACGGGAAAGCUGGAAUGUUUCCCUCCAAUUUCACCAAAGAGGUUCUGGCGGAGACAGACACGCCCACGUCUUCGGACACGCCCACCUCACAGGAGGAUCUCCGGAGCCGCAACAGUAAGGACAGCCCCGGCAGUGAGAGCGACGGAGGGGACAGUCGGUCAGAAACAGGGUCAGAAAUCCAGCCCAAGAAGGUCCGAGGGUUCGGCUUUGGCGACAUCUUCAAAGACCAGCCCAUCAGGCUCAGACCUCGCUCCAUGGACGUGGACUCGGAGGGAAACAAGGUGAACGACGGGAAAGCAGCGACGGUUGCAGCUGAAAGCAUGAAGACAGAACCCGACGGCAAAGCCAAAGGGCGGGAGCAGUGUAAAGUUCUCUUCCCUUACGAAGCACAAAAUGAAGACGAGCUGGCGCUGAAAGAGGGCGACAUCAUCAAUAUCAUCACCAAGGAAUGCGCCGAUGCAGGCUGGUGGAUGGGGGAGAUCGGAGGAAGGCAAGGCGUCUUCCCAGACAACUUCGUCAAGCUGUUAGAAGUUGAAAAAGAGAGACCGAAGAAGCCGCCUCCUCCCAGCGCUCCCUCGGCCAAACACACCACAGAAAAAAAACCUGAAGUUAAGAAGGUUCCUCCUGAGCGGCCCGAACAUCUACCCCAAAGAGACCAGGAUCGAGGUGAAGAGGUCAAGGUUGGAGAGAUCCCAAAGCCCUCCCUCCCAACUCUCCUCCCCAAGAAACCCCUUCCCCCUAAGUCAAGCUCCUCCUCUUCCUCCCACCCCCCGCGGCGUCCUGAGAGACCACCCCCGCUAGCGAGUGAGAGCCCCAAGUCUGAAGGCGGGGCUACGACACCAGACUCUUCCUCUGACAGGUCUCAGAACCCCGACUUGGACCUGGAUGCGGUCGUCACGUCGACAGAGAAGCUGAGUCACCCGACGGCGAUGCGGCCGAGAGUCACAGACCGCCGGCCGCGCUCACAACUCAUCACACCGUCCUCUCUGUCUGGCACAGAAGUGGACUUCCCAUCAGCGGAGGACAGGAAGGAGAAGGAAAGAGGCAAAGAUGAGCACAACUCCGUGCCACACAGACCUGUGGAGAUUUCCCAGAGGAAAGGAGUUCCCACCGUCAGUGUAUCUGAUAUCAAAGCACCGCUGCCCAAGCCCUCAGUCCUGACCCCGCCGAACUCCAGCCAUCGACCCGUGUCCCCGUCUUCGUCUUCGGGUCUGAGCCCGUCCCCCGAGCUCCGGCACUCCCCACAAACCCCUCUGUCUCUGGAGGAACUCAGGAACCAGCUGAGAGACUUGAGGGCCUCCAUAGACCUGCUAAAGAGCCAGCACCGGCAAGAGAUGAAGCAGCUGGCCAACGCGCUUGAUGAGGAGAAGAAGAUGCGAAUUAGUUUACAGGUAGAAGUUGAGCACAUAAAGAAGAGCCUGUCCAAAUGAGGACGAAAGCAUCUUCAUCAGCCGCUCUAAUGACGUCUGAGGCCGCCAUUUGAAAACGUUGUCACUGUUGAUUUUGACACUUCUGCCAAAACAAUGUUUGUGCCAAAUGAUCAACACGAUCAGCGACAGUUUAGCACCGUGGAUUUCGCCACCCCGACCCCCUUCCCCCGCCCUCGAUGCCGCCUUAUCCCGUCUUUACUUUUUCAUUUCUCUUCUAAAGAAGCUUCUCUGUUCAGUUUACUGCUAUCUUGUUGGAGCUUGCUGUGCCACUGGUACUGACUGACCGCGGCUCGUCGCUGCGCGUUGUUGAUGGUAACAGAACAAGGAUACAGAGCCGCCGCCGCCGCCGUCGUGGCCACCUCGCUGGUACUUUACGGUUGUGAGAGCGAAGGAAAACCUCUGUAGCCCGGUCGGUUGAGAUGACCUCUGUGCUGUUCUGCGUCCACUCUGCGGCCUUCACCUUUUAUCGGUGUGUGUGUGUGUGUGUAUGAAUGUUUGUUUUCCUACCAUGUCAGGACUAUAGGUGGAAACGGUCAAAGUGGGGACAUUAUUAAAAGAAAACAACAGCGUCUCCAUUGUUGGGGUUUUCUUGGGAACUGAACCUGUUUUCUGGGAAAGGAUCUAGAAUCUGAAUAAAAAUGAUGAUAAUGAGAUAAAUUUACCCUCCAUAAUCAGUCCUUGAGAGACUCUAACAGCCUUUUACUCCUACCAUAAACUGGAAACGUCCCGUUUACCAUACAUCCCUUUGCAAAACUGACUUCCAAAGUUGGUUUCCUCUGCUGAAUCGUGACUUGAAAACAUUUCACUCCAGGUAUUCUUUUUUUAAACACAUAAAAGCAACUAUUAAGUGGUUCAUUUUCAC